AUGCCGCCCGAGCGCGACGGGCACCCCGAGCCCGACGGGCCGCCCGGGCACCCCGAGCCUCACAACCCUCAUGGGCCGCCUGGGCAGCACGCGCUGGCCGCGGCCGAGGCGGCGGAGGGCCGCGAGGCGGCGGCGCCGCUGGGGCCGGGCGAGGCCGAGGGCCGCGAGGUGGCCCACGACGAGCGGCCUGACCUGGCGGCCGAUUCGCGCCCAGAUGCUGUGGACGGGCACCGCCCCGAACCUGGCGGCCAGGAAGCGGAGGAGGUCCCAGACCUCCUGCCUUCCUUGCAAGACGUGGGCCUCUCGGAGGAGAACUUGCAGUACCUCGGGUCGGAGAUCAGCGGCGCCCUGUCCAGCCUCUUCGCUGCUGGUGCCGCGGGUGCAGGGACCCUGGCAGAGUAUGGGGCCGCGGGGGCAGAGCAAGUUGCAAUAUAUGGCUCCGCUGGUGCAGGGACACUGGCAGAGUAUGGGGCCGCGGGGGCAGAGCAAGUUGCAAUAUAUGGCGCUGCUGGUGCAGAAACACUGGCAGAGUAUGGCGCCGUGGGUGCAGAGCAAGUGGCAAUAUAUGGCGCCGCUGGUGCAGAGACACUGGCAGAGUAUGGCGCCGUGGGUGCAGAGCAAGUGGCAAUAUAUGGUGCCGCGGGAGCAGGUCAACUGGCAGAAUAUGGCGCCGCGGGUGCAGAGCAAGUGGCAAUAUAUGGUGCCGCGGGAGCAGGCCAACUGGCAGAAUACGGCGCCGCGGGCGCAGAACAAGUGGCAGUACUUGGCUCAGUGGGUGCAGGGCACUUGGCCCUCCUUGGGGCUGUCGGUGCCGAGCAGGUGGCUCUCCUGGCGGACUUCAACGAACCGGAGGUCGCCGACGCUAGUGACUUGGAGGACGGUAGGCCUCCCCUCGUGCCGCACACGGGGGAGAACCCGUUGCACGUCGAGACGGAGGUGUCGAGUGCUCUGGGCAGCAUCGUCUUCCCACGCGUCCAGCCCGACGGCUCGAUGCGCAUGUCCUACCGCUCCCAGUGGAGCCCACAAGCUCUCAGGAAGCUCCUCCUCCUGCUCCUGCGGGUAUCCUCCCUCUCUCUCCCUUCUCCCUCCUGCCCCCAGAAGCAAGCUUUGCUCUCAGGAAGCGAGAGUUUGUCGGGCCAAUCUACUGUUGCUGGAGGAUGCCGCUGGCAAGAGACGACGUGA